UUCCGCUAUUUCUAUCUUGUGUAGAUUCUUCUCCCUUUCCAAUUCCUUUUCCAGAUCUUCCACUUUCUUGCUCAUUUCUCUCUCGGUGCUCAAGCGCUCACUAGCGCUCACUGCCGAGAAAGUUAUUCCGCACAUCAUGUCUCACAGUCUAGCAGCAGCAGUUUCCGUGUUGUCAAAGUCGUCCAUUUUCCUGGUGCCGACAUGUCCGCAAGAAAGGCCCAAGAGCUCAAGCGCUCAUUCUUCAAACAAAAAACCUCACCCAUAAACCGUUACCUACAUGUUGCUUUGACUGGACAAGGUCUUGUUCUCUUCAGUGAUACCAUGUAUCUGACAUUUUAUCAUGCAAUCCUCGCCACUUUUGACGCUUGACAACCCGCCGUUGCUUUAUACUUGCAGGUCUUAUUCUUGUUCUUUUAUUCUAUAGGUUCGGGGGAUAUAACAUGCUGCAUUUUACGAUGCCAUAUCGAUAACACUAUCCUAUUUUUGUGUGACCAUGGGAUUUCUUCGCAAGUUAUGCCCUUGCUUCAAUUGGAAAUCAAGCUCUCCUCCUCCACCUCCUCGAUCCUCUUUUCGAGACUCGGAACAUAAACCCCAGUUUACUGCCGCUUCUUCUGCUGCUGCGUCGUGUCGUCCUCAACGAUCUCGGCGUCACAGUGGUGCACACCGAGUUCGGCGCGCCUCUGUCCCAGCUGGCUAUCAACCUCUUACGUCUCAUCCAACACAAGAUCAGAACCUAUCACAGCUUUCACCAGCAAGGCCUGUACCCUUACAAGUUCGUGGGGACAUUAUUCCUUCUCCGGCAACAUCUCGGAAUAGACGUACUGUUCGCCGCCGAACAUCCGAAGCUCAUAUACAAAGGUAUCCGCCAGGCUCCUUUGGUCCUCCAAUCGUCACGACUGGGCCGCCGCUACAGGAGCAGUGGAUCAAUUCUGGGACGAAAAAGAAAUUUGUCUACUCUAAUGCCGAUGUUAUUUGGAGAUCAAACGAGAGAAGAGUUCGGUGGGGAGGCAGCCGAGAGCGUAUAUUCGCUGAUACCACCCAGAAUGAACCCAGAACAAAUGGAAGAAAUGCCAGCAAUCUUGACAUAGUGAGAGGAAGAAGACAUAAUAUGGCUCAACGUUCAAGUCUCAGAGAUGAAGGCGAGGAGGAGGAGGAAGAGGAAGAAAACAUCUUCAACCGUCAUAGCUUGCAGCGACGUCCGUCGAAUCCUCGAGACCCGACAAGAAUACCCUCCGCCCCUUCGCUUCGUCCGAUACCUCUUCCCGGUACAUCAUCAAGUACAACGGACAUGAAUGUAUUCAUGUCACCGACUCGAAAUCAUCAAUCAAUCCAAUACGAAAUACAUCCCGAACUUCGAAUAAAGUACCCACACGAACCACAGCCUCGUGUUCAUUGGGAUAUCCUACGCCCCCCAUAUACCACUGCAGUUCAAUACUACCUCCAGGCGAGCCCUAAUGUCAUCCCUCUAGACGUUUAUUCUAGUGCUGCAAACCCGCCAUUACAUAGAAUCAAAAUCACGGUCGACUCUCCGGAAGUGAAGUUUUGGAUGCGACAGUGGGGAAUGAUUCAGUUAAAUAGAAAUGUCUCCGAACCAUAUAUCACAGUCGGAGACGUUCUUCAAACCAUAUACGAAUAUUUUCAUAUUGUUUUAACGCAAGACGAUCUUGCAUCUAUACCAUUCGCUUGGAGAGGCGUUUUGGAAAAGGCAAGGACGAGAAGGCUUAGGAGUGAGCAGAAGGUGCCGGGAAUUUUGGGAGGAAGAGGAGAAUUUGUGCGCGCGGAUCUCUUGAAUGGGAAUACGAUUUUCGCUGGCUUGCGAUCGAAUCAAGGAAGCCAUAUGUGGGAACUCAUUCUGUCCGGAUAAACAAGCUGAUACCAUCACGAUUUUGGAAUGAAAUUCCGACCUUUUUUCGACCUUCUACCUUCAAUGUAACUAUGUACAUUAGAUUUUAUGAAUCGUUGACUGUAGAAACAGCCCG